CAGGCCGUGGCAGUCGGCGUGCAUGGUCGGGAGGGCGGCCUGGGCACCGCGAGGGCGCGGGCAGCAGCUCCAGGCGCGGCCAUCCACAGGCCGAAGAGCCUCGCGUGCGUGUCCCGCGGCCGCAGGUGUGCUGGGGCAUCCCGGUCACGUGACGUAGGGCGUGGCUCUCCAGGCCACGCCUCCCUCGGGGGUCUAACCAGAGGGCGGGUGUGUGGCCGGCGAGGGGUGAUCCUGCUGGAUGUGUGGCGCCCUGCAAGAGGGGAAAAUUGCGGCGGGACCUCGUCUGCUCCCCUGAGUGGAGGCUGUCCUGACAGUAAGAAGGGAACGCAGAUCCUGGAGAUGGGGUGCAGAGUUCCAGAGCUCCUCAGCUCUCCAGCUCUCCCCCGAGAAAACCGCAGCCCGGGCCGAUGAGCUCCGAGGCGCGCUCUGCAGCUAACUGGGCGUGCUUCCUCGGGAGCGCGGGGCCCGCGCCUCCUGUCGGGCCCCGAGGUGCGAGGCCUCCCCGCUGGUCUGCGCAGGAUGGGUCUCCCCGCCGCGCUCUGGGGCCCCCUGGGGCUGCUCUCGUCCCUCGCCCUGCACGCGGCCCUGGGCGCGCACCCGCACCGGGAUUACUGUGUACUGGGCGCGGGGCCCGCAGGGCUGCAGAUGGCCGCCUUUCUGCACCGCGCCGGCCGGGACUACGAGGUGUUCGAGCGCGCGCCUGCGCCUGGCAGCUUCUUCACGCGCUACCCACGGCACCGCAAGCUUAUCAGCAUCAACAAGCGGUACACGGGCAAGACCAACGCGGAGUUCAACCUCCGCCACGACUGGAACUCUCUGCUCAGCCCUGACCCCCGUCUGCUGUUCAGGCACUAUUCGAGAGCCUACUUCCCCGAUGCCGGCGACAUGGUGCGCUACCUGCGGGACUUCGCAGACCGGCUGGGGCUCCACGUGCAGUACAAUACCAACAUUGUCCAUGUCACUCUGGAGAAGGACCGGCAGGCCUGGAACGGCCACUACUUCAUCCUGACUAAUCAGAAGGGCCAGUUGUACCGAUGCAGCGUCCUCCUCGUAGCCUCCGGCCUGUCAGUCCCCAACCAGGUGGACUUCCCAGGGUCCGAGUAUGCAGAGGGAUAUGAGACCGUGUCUGUGGACCCUGAGGACUUUGUGGGUCAGAAUGUGCUGAUCCUGGGCCGGGGAAACUCGGCCUUCGAGACAGCGGAGAACAUCUUGGGCGUCACAAACUUUAUCCACAUGCUGAGCCGCUCCCGGGUGCGAUUGUCCUGGGCUACCCACUACGUUGGAGACCUCAGAGCCAUCAACAAUGGCCUGCUGGACACCUAUCAGCUGAAGUCCCUGGACGGGCUUCUUGAGUCGGACCUGAGAGACCUGGCCAUCGUGAAGGAUGCCAAGGGCAAGUUCCACAUCACCCUGAAAUUCUUCCUGGAGGAGACCAAUGCCAGCCAGAGCGCCGACUCCAUCCCUCUCCCCCAGGAUAACAGCGACAACUUUGCCAUGCGCGUAGCCUACGACCGCGUCAUCCGUUGCCUGGGCUGGAACUUCGACUUCUCCAUUUUCAACCAGUCCCUGCGGCUCUCCUCUGGCGGCGAGUUCAGCAAGAAGUACCCGUUGAUCAGAGCAAGCUAUGAGUCCAAAGGAAGCCGGGGGCUCUUUAUCCUGGGUACGGCCAGCCACUCGCUGGACUACCGGAAAUCGGCAGGGGGCUUCAUCCACGGCUUCCGAUACACAGUGCGCGCCGUGCACCGGCUCCUGGAACAUCGCCACCACGGCCUCGCCUGGCCCCACACCGCGCACCCCGUCUCCCAGCUGACUGACUCCAUCAUCCGGCGUGUGAACGAGGCUUCCGGGCUCUACCAGAUGUUCGGGGUGCUGGCUGAUGUCGUCCUGCUGAAGGAGAAUGCCACAGUGUUCGAGUACCUGGAGGAGUUCCCCAUGCAGAUGCUGGCCCAGCUGGAGACCCUCACGGGAAGGACAGCCAAGCACGGCCUCUUUGUCAUCAACAUGGAGUAUGGCAGAAACUUCUCGGGGCCCGACAAGGACGUCUUCUUUCAUGACCGGUCCGUGGGGCACACAGAAGACGCCUGGCAAUCUAACUUCCUCCACCCCGUCAUCUACUACUACAGGCACCUCCCCACUGAGCAGGAGGUGAGGUUCCGCCCGGCACACUGGCCCCUGCCGCGGCCCACAGCCAUCCACCACAUCGUGGAAGACUUCCUGACAGACUGGACCGCGCCGGUAGGGCACAUCCUGCCGCUGAGGCGCUUCCUGGAGAACUGUCUGGACACCGACCUGCGAAGCUUCUAUGCAGAAUCUUGUUUCCUGUUCGCCCUCACACGCCAGAAGCUGCCCCCCUUUUGCCAGCAGGGGUACCUGCAAAUGCAGGGCCUUGCGAGCACCGAGAGCCUUCGGAAGCACGGCGUGGAGAGCGGGCUCCUGCCAGACUAUGCCACUACGGGCCAGGUCCUGGAGGAUGGCAGUCAGCAGCCUGGUGACCGUGAGCCAGGGGGUCAUCUUCCGGCUACAGGGCAUCUGAUCCAGUCCCUUGACAGCAGCAAGCAGGAGCUCUGACUGCCCUCUCCUAAGCUGCAGGCGGAGUGGCGCCAGGCCAAGUUGGGCCCCCUGUUACCUUGCACUCCCACAGACUGUGACUGCCAGAGACCAUGCAGGUCCUCACCGUGGCCGCACUAAAGCAAUCUUCAGGGCAUAUAAGGGCUGGCAUGCCACACACAGUGGCCUUCCCUCCUGUCUUGGUCCCUGGGUGCCAAGUGGCAGGGUCAGGAGACAGGCAUCUCUGCCAGCUGUGCACUGCCUUCCACAGCUGUCUUGUCCCCAGCAGAUCAUCACUGAGCACAGACCGACGCGUCUAGUCCCUUUCAAGGGCCCACCUGCUGCUUUUUCUUCUAGCCCAGCCCUCAGAUGGACCUGGAUCCUCUCUGGAGAGCAUUUCACAGGUGAAACUCAUCCUCAUCUUCAUAAGGGGUCGCAGCAGGUGCUUUAAAACAAAAGAUUAAUGUCCUCCAUGUCCUGGGCAGUUGGGAUUGUCACCCCCCAGAGUGCUGCGGAAGACCCCAGCCCGGGAAGUACUGUGUCCCUCUCAGAGUCCCCAGCCACAAGUGCCUGUCUGCGUUGUCCUCCUGCCAUGCUGCCUCAUCCAUGCUUCAUCACGCUGCCUCUCCCAUACUGGUCCCUGCUUUUAGCAGGGUUUGGACUUCACAACAGAACCUAGCGGGACGGGGCUGGCAUGGGGCAGGCGGAUGCUCCCUGCAAAGCAUCAUCAAAGAACCUGACUGGAGCAGGUGCCUCCCUGAGCAGCAGAACACAGGUGCACAGAACUCCCUGGUCUCAAGAUCACAGCCCUGAGGACAUACCUGCGGCUCUGUGACCCUGCGGCCCGUGUCUGCCUGCGUCCAGCCCCUGCCCAGACAGGUUCAGUGAGGCUGCUUUUCCACUGUCCUGUUCACCGUGUGCAAGGAAACGUGCAGAGACUUUUGGAAGAAGCCAUGCAUUUGGCUCCUCGUCCUUGUUCUCAGUCGCCAGGCACGCACUCUCCCUUCGUGCUCAGUCGGCCUUGGGAACGUGUUUGUACACUCAGCAGUGGCUUCUCAGAGCCCAGGACCAAGGGAAUUGCUUUCUUGCUGGUUGUCACUAGUUUUUCAAGGAAAUGCGUAGAGUUCGAGAGACCGCAGGGGCUUUCAAGACCCCAGUCCACUUCCGGGGAACAUCAUCUUCUCUCAGUAGACACAGACCCGCAGCCCCCCAUCUCUGGCCACUUGCAGGGGCCCAGCAGGCUUAGCCUGCUGGGAGGAACUGUUUGCCCCAUGAUGCCACUUGGGGAAGUUUGCACAGGGCCAAAAUUCUGCUAAAAUGAAGGAUUUCUCCUUAAUUCCAGGAUGUGGAAUUUCAUAUAGAUUGAAGGUAAACCCCAAAGGGUGCUGUCACCCGCCCUGUGUCUCCCAAAGCAUGCCGGAGAUACCAGAUUCUGUGCCACACCUCUCGCCCACGCAGUUGAGGCUGGCUGAGCCACUUGUGCCAAUAAAAUUGCGAGGCGCUCUAACAA